AGUCGGGGGGGGGGGCGGAUCACUCACACGACCUCCGCAGGCUCGCUGACGGGCUCACGAGCAGCGGACCGAACUUUGCUCGGACGGCUCCUCGACCUUCGGACGCCAUGGCUGGGAGCGAGGAUCUCUUUCUCAGAGCCCAACACCGGACCUUCAGCGGACUGACAGAAGAUGCGGAGCGGGAGUGGAAGGGGCCGUUUGUCUUCAUCCAGGCCGCCGACCCCCAGCUGGGGCUGAUGAAGGCCUGGAGGGACGGCGACUGCGACGGCGGAGGGGACGAGUGGGGCGAGGAGAUCGAGCUCACCCGGCGGGCCGUGGAGGCCUGCAACCAGCUGAGACCCCGGCCGAGGUUCCUGGUGCUCUGUGGCGACCUGGUCCACGCCAUGCCAGACACUCCGUUCAGAGAAGGUCAGGAGCGAGACCUGAAGGAGGUUUUGAAGGGGACGGAUCCCUCGAUCCCGCUGGUGUUUGUCAGCGGGAACCACGACCUGGGCAACACCCCCACCCCCAGGACCGUGGAGCAGUACCGUAGCGCCUGGGGCGACGACUAUUUCAGCUUCUGGGUGGGGGGGGUCCUCUGCCUGGUGCUCAACUCCCAGUUGUUCUACGACGCCUCGGCUUGCCCUCAGCUGAAGGAUGCCCAGGAGACGUGGCUGGAGGAGCAGCUGAGCAGAGCCGCCGCCUCCUCCUCCUCAACGGAACCCGGGCCCAAACACGUCCUGGUGUUCCAGCACAUCCCUCUGUACCUGAAGAGCCCCGAUGAGGAGGACGACUACUUCAACCUGCGCAAGGCGGUGCGCCAAAGCCUGCUGGCCCGCUUCAAGAAGGCCGGGGUGAAAGCCGUGUUCUCCGGCCACUACCACCGCAACGCCGGCGGGCGCCACGACGGCCUGGACAUGGUGGUGAGCUCGGCCAUCGGCUGCCAGCUGGGCCGGGACGCCCACGGCCUCCGGGUGGUGGUGGUGACGGCCGACGCCGUCGUCCACCGCUACCACAGCCUGGAGCAGCUGAGGGAGGAGGGCGUGGCCGACGACCUCCGCAAGCUGCUGCAGGUCUGAAGGCCCCCCCCCCCCCCAAAAAAAAACCCAAGAAGAAAAGGGGGCGGUUUGUUGAUUGUUGUUUUUUUGUGGGGCGCUGGUCAUGUCGUUGAUUGAGAUAUUACAAGUACUCCUUCAUUCCAAGUAGAUGUAUGAUUAGCUCAAAUGUAAUGCUUUAGGCCUUUGAUCGACGAGGCCAGUCUCACCAGUGGUGUUGAAGUGGACCAGUGGUCCAGUGGGAGGCGAAGGAAAUAACUCAAAUACAUCAGAACGUUUGAGUGUAAAGGAAAAAAUCCAUCCCACAAUAACUGCUGGUGAUGCUUCAGGUUAAUAUCUGAAGGGCAGAUCCUCCUCUUUAAUCAUCCUAACGUAGCAGUUGUUACUCCUAUGCAAUGUGUGUGUGUGUGUGUGUGUUUUCAUGUGGUUCCCCUCUGAGCUCCAUGCACUGCCUUUUACAGGUCAGAAGACUUCUCUGUGAAGCCAGAAUAAAGCUGUAGCAUACUUUAGUAUAUGUUGCUUUGAGAGGUUCUUCUUUAUCCAUUUUAACAGAACAGGUUUUAAAGUAAUUCAUUCCUGACCGUUUUAAGAAUAACAUCCACUUCUUCAUUUGCC